UAAAUUUUACAGGAACCAACUUACUUAACUUAUAAAUCAUAAAUAUAUUGAAUUGUAAAAUAUGAAAUAAUAAAUCGGCAUUAUGCAUCCGAUGCGCAAACUACUUUACCAUCGAGGAGUUGACGAUCACAUCGGGACUUACGUUACCGAUUAUGUCUACUCUGGGGUUUGUUUUCUACUCUGCAUACAACUAAUCAUACGAAUAUGUCGUGAAAGAAGAUUGAUGACGUCAGAACAACGUAUGACGUCAUCGUGUUGUAAAAUUUCAAACUGGUUGCCAUGGAACUGGCCAAAAGAAAAAUCAACUGCUAUUAAUAUGACAACUUAUGCUAUGAUUCUGUUCGGGUUUUCUAACUUUGUGAUGAUGUUGCUCGGAGGCUUAACCCAUCAGUUCUUGCAAACGGUUGAACCAUACGAUGGUGACGCUAACAAUCUAUGGGACUGGUUGAUCGUAUGGAGAGUCGGCUCUUCGUUUUCAGCUAUAACAUGUUUAAGCCUACUGAUCAUGAUAGAACAAAUGUUCACGGAAGAAGAGAUUUGUCGAAUACCUCGCAUCAUACGAAUCAUCUUCUACCUCAUUAUAUCAGCAGCAGUUAUAUGCUUCUUUGGAAUCAAUUACCUCCCAUUGACUGGAAUGGUGGAGGAUCCUUUCAGUAUAAGACAGAGUUUCAUUGUGACAUUCGGAGUUGUUGUUGUUUACGGGAUAUCAAUGAUUAUCGUUGUUAUUCGUCAUUCAUGCCAUGGGUGCAGGAAGAAUUCUUGCUCGAAUUCGGACGACUACGAUGAAAAACAAUCGCCAUCACACUCCUUAGAAAGCAAGAGUUUUUCGGAAAACAAUUCAAAAGAAAGUAAAUUUCCUUGUUGCAACGUCAUAUCCGGUUACGCCGAAGAGGAUGACAUCAGGUACAGAAGAUUAGAAUUAGCUGUGAAGUGCAUAGCUCCAUGGACUUUUGUCAUUGCAGGGGCAACCAAUCACUUUUUGAAAUCGAAAUGCGCUGAUUCGGACAAUGCUUAUAGUGAGCUCGGAUGCCCUCUACCGGAUUCAUUCAACCAUAACGCUCUCAUGCAUGUAAUACAAAUUGUGUCAGCGUGCUUAUUUUUUCUUGGAGAAAAUAUAGCGAUUACAAGACGAAAAUGUACUUAUAGUACCAAUAUAAAAAGAACAGUAACUUCGUCUACGAUAUACAACGACGCAAUGACGAGCUGCGAGAUUUCAAGUAAACCUUCUCAGAACGAAAGUAGCAAUAAUAAUAGGGGAGAUGACGUUGUCUGCAAAACCAGCAGUGGAAAUACUGAAAAUAAAAACAUGGCGGACACAGAAUCUAAAGUAAAAGAUUCAACACCAGACCCCAAGUUUCCACUUUCUCUCGAUUCACGAAUACCUGUGAAGGACAACAGACAUAGCCUUUAUGACAAUCAUUUCGAUGUAUAGGUAUUGUGACUUCUAUGCAUACUUUGCCAAAGACGUCGACUAUAUUAUUCUUACGUACAAAUACGACGUCAUAAUUUGUAAUUGUCAAUUUAUUCAUGUGCAUUGUGCAUUUUGCUUUAUAGGAAGUGAACUAAAAUUUGUUUAAAUUUUAUUGUUAUUGUGUAAAAUUAAGCAGUUAAUUAAUAAUGAUAACAUUGGUAUAAAAAUAGCAUAUAUGUACAUAACAACUAAGGUUGAAAUUUUGAUGAUGUCAUAAGCGAUAUGACGUCGUAAAUUUUACACAAUAUAAAGUUUCUUAAAUGCUUUGAUAGUUCCAAAUGUGUUUUGUUUUCUUCUUUCUGUUAUAUAUUAUUUCCUAGAUACUUUUAUUUAGUGCGUGCAAUAUUUCAAAAUAUUUCUAUAACCAAAUCCUAGAAGAUUUUUUCUUCACGGAAAGGUGUUAACGUACGUACUUUUUCUUCUUGCUGUGGUACCAAAUAAACAGUUUCGUUUACCUUAAUUAGACCUAUUAUAAAAUGAAAUUUACGAAUUAGCCUACUGCAUGAUUCCUAUUAUAAACCUUACAAUAAGCGUAAGUUUCUUUUUAUUCAAAUUGUUCCAAGUGCUUCUUUCAAUAUAUAAAUAAAGUGGUGAUAUCAAAGUA